AUGUAUAUGACUCGUAGUCCACCUGCCAAUCUGGACUUAGCGGAAAGGCAAGCUCUUGGCCUCGGAAGACCCAAACGCCGGAAAUGGAGCUGCUGUUGUCAGUUCAGGGCAGUCUUGGGGGAGGUGAAGCUGUGUGAGAAGAUGGCCCAGUUUGAUGCCAAGAAGUUUGCAGAGAGCCAGCCUAAAAAAGAUACUCCAAGGAAAGAGAAGGGUUCACGGGAAGAGAAACAGAAGCCCCAGGCUGAACGGAAAGAGGAGAAAAAGGCAGCUGCCCCAGCUCCUGAGGAGGAGAUGGAUGAGUGUGAGCAGGCACUGGCCGCUGAGCCCAAAGCCAAGGAUCCCUUUGCUCACUUGCCCAAGAGUACCUUUGUGCUGGAUGAGUUCAAGCGUAAGUACUCCAACGAGGACACCCUCUCCGUGGCGCUGCCAUAUUUUUGGGAGCACUUUGAUAAGGACGGCUGGUCCCUGUGGUAUGCUGAAUAUCGCUUCCCUGAGGAGCUCACCCAGACCUUUAUGAGUUGCAACCUCAUCACUGGCAUGUUCCAGCGAUUGGACAAACUGAGGAAGAAUGCCUUUGCUAGUGUCAUCCUCUUUGGAAAUUCAUAG